UCAAAACCAAGUUGUCGCGGUAGUGAUGGGGCCUUGUACUAUCGUGGUACUUCAAGUAGCUACGGGACCGAUAAGUUGAUUAAUUAAUCUUCGAGUUAAUUUAGACACUAGUACUGAUGUGGUCGCGUUUACAUAAAAGUUACUAGCACAGCGCAGCCUUCCGAUGCCACGAUCUCCGUUGUCGUCGAGUUCAUGCCUCUCUUUGGCUUCUUCAAAAAUUCCCAGUCAACCCCCACUACCAGGGUCACUUAUACCCAUUUUCCAUGUCCUACACACCAGACGAGUCCCCCGCUCAGCUCUAUGCCGAGAAAACAUGGCUGGCUGGUAGCAUCAUGACCGGCAUCGGCUAUGGCGUCGUCCUUGCUCUUUUCUGGCUCUGUCUGCAGUUAUUAUGGCGCCGUACGCGAGUGAAGGACGCAGAUUACGCUAGAAAUUGCUUUUUUCUCGUCUAUGUCUGCGUCAUGUUUACUCUAGGAUCGCUUUUCAUGGGCUCCAAUUCCCAAUUCACCCAGCUCGCCUUCAUAAACGAUCGAAAUUUUCCAGGUGGUCCCAGUGCGUGGGAGGUUGAUAUGUUUUCCAUCAGUGUGGACGAGAUAUCCAAUGUCUCUUUUGUCCUGGCAGAUUGGUGUGCUACAGCGCUCAUGGUCUGGCGCUGCGUGAUCAUAUACCGUGAUUGUGGAAAUUGUCCGUGGCCAAUUAUUAUGAUGCUAGGGACCAUGUUCCUCGGAUCUGUCGUGUUCGGCGUUCUCUUUCUCUACCAGAUCUCAUCCCCGUUAUCAUCACCAUACUCUGCUGCUGGCAUGAAUGUGAAUUUUACCCUUCCAUACUUUUUCUUUGAACUUGCCACCAAUAUCACCGUCACCAUCCUCAUCGUACUCCGCCUAUACUUAUAUCGUCUCCACAUGAAGCAAGCGUUAUUAGGUCCUGGACACGUAGCGGAACACACUAGUGUCGAGUCAGUGAUCGUCGAGAGCGCUGCGAUUUACUCCACGUUCUCCUUACUGUUCUUGAUCCCAUUCGCGACGAAAAGUCCAAUUGCGAACGUGUUCAUGCAAGUACUUGGAGAGGCACAACUCAUUGCCCCCUUGCUGAUCAUAUUCCGUGAAGCCCAGGGGAACGGCUGGAUUAGCUCCACAGUAUCCUCAACAUCUUCCAGUAAAACCGCUGUCCAAUCACCACAAUACUCCGGUAUCGAAUUCACGUCUCAGCAUAUGCGUAACGAAGGGCUCAAAUCCACCGACUCUAGAGACGUCUCCAUGACUGCAGGCGAAGAUUCUAAUAUUGACAAUGAUGAUAACGUCGUAGAAGUUCCGAGGAUCACAUCUAGCUUGCCGCAGGGACCCUGA